AUGUUGGACCUACUCUUAACUUUGGCGGUGGCCGCCUCGACAAUUCUGUCAACAAUCCUUAUGCUACUCCCGAGUCGCUAUAUCAGACCUUCUCCGCCAAAGGCGACCUCAGAAUCAUCAGGCGCUGUCGAUGAGCCCAAAAUCUCCGUCCAAGUGCUGGUUCUCGGGGAUAUUGGGCGUAGUCCGCGGAUGCAAUAUCAUGCCAUGAGCAUAGCGAAGCACGGUGGUAGAGUGGAUAUAAUAGGAUACAAAGAGUCAACACCUCAUCCGGGCCUCCUCAAUAAUCCUCUUAUCACCAUCCUCCCAUUACCUCCUCCCCCGCGUAUCCUCCGCUCGAAUGCCCUCCCAUUCAUUGUUGCAGGCCCCCUCAAAGUCUUAUGGCAGAUAUGGAGUUUAUUCCACGCCCUUGGGUACGCCACUAAGCCAGCUCGAUGGCUCUUAGUUCAGAACCCUCCGUCGAUACCUACAUUGUUCAUCUCAGCAGUCAUAUGCUUCCUCCGAAACACGCACCUCAUAAUCGACUGGCAUAACUAUGGAUGGACAAUCCUUGCAGGUACAAGAGGCGCAACACAUCCGUUUGUUACUAUCUCGAAGUAUUAUGAAGCGGUUAUGGGCCGAUCGGCACCGGUAGCCUCGUUUACUGUUACAGAUGCGAUGGCGAAGCAACUCAGAAAUAAACCUUACAAUGUACGCUCCCCGAUACUUACGCUCCAUGAUAGGCCGGCGGCUAUCUUUCAACCCAUAUCCGGAAAUGAAGCACGGAGAGCUUUCUUGAAGUGUCUACCGGAGACUUCCGCCCAAGCAGAGAGUAUAAUGACUGGCAAGACAAGACUGCUAGUAAGCAGCACAUCUUGGACCCCGGACGAAGAUUUCAAUCUUCUUCUGGAGGCGUUAUGUUCUUACUCUGGAUCGGCAAAACAGCAACCCCCAAUUUUAGCGAUCAUUACGGGCAAAGGCCCGCAAAAGCAAAUGUACCUAGAGCGCAUCGCUUUCCUGAAAAAGGAGUCUAGGUUGCAGAAUGUAUCUAUUGCCACCGCUUGGCUUAGCACUGAAGACUAUGCCACUUUACUUGCAUGCGCAGAUCUUGGAGUUUGUCUCCAUAUGAGCAGCAGUGGGGUUGACCUACCGAUGAAAGUUGUUGAUAUGUUCGGAGCUGGUUUGCCAGUUGUUGGAUAUGGGAACUAUGCGAGUUGGGGAGAGUUGGUUAAGGAAGGUGUCAAUGGUCGAGGCUUUGUUACAAGUGAUGAUCUAGCGACAGUGCUAGGUGAGCUAUUUGGUGAUGUUGAACAAAAGCAGCUGGCGAAGUUGAGAAAGGGGGCUAUAGAAGAAGGGAAGAGAAGGUGGGAUGACGAAUGGGGUGGAGUUGCUGGACGGUUACUCGGCCUAUGCGAGUAA